AUCCGGAAGUACCAAAACCAAAACAAAAGSUGGGCCUUCGUCAUACAAGGGAGUUUGAAAGCUAAAAUUGUUUAGUUUUGCUUUCAGUAGAUCAUUUGUAGUUUUUAGUUGUUAUUUGUUUGGUGUUUGUGCUGCGCAUGUUUUACGUCAGUYUGGUCUGGUUAGCAUUGGCAUUAGCCGCUCAGUAGCAGCCCAUAAAAAGUCACAACAAUGGAGGCGCGCUUCACAAAAGGCAAGUCCAUGAUUCUGGAGCGGCCUCUGAGCCGGCCCAAGACCGAGGUGAGCGUGAACGCCUUCGCCCUCCUCUUCUCGGAGGUGGUGCAGUACUGCCAGGGCCGGGUGUACUCGGUGACCGAGCUGCAGGCGCGCCUGUCCGACCUGGGGAAGAGUGUGGGAGCCAGCAUGCUGGACGUGCUGGUCCUGAGGGARAAGAAUGGCAAGAGAGAGACCAAAGUGCUGAACAUUCUGCUGUUUAUUAAGGUAUCCGUGUGGAGAGCGCUGUUUGGAAAGGAGGCAGAUAAACUGGAGCAGGCCAACGACGACGACAAGACGUACUACAUCAUCGAGAAAGAGCCCCUCGUCAACACCUUCAUCUCCGUUCCGAAGGAAACCAGCAGCUUGAACUGUGCAGCCUUCACCGGGGGCAUCGUGGAGGCCAUCCUCUCGCACAGCGGCUUCCCCGCCAAAGUCACCGUCCACUGGCACAAAGGCACCACGCUCAUGAUCAAGUUYGAUGAGGCCGUGAUCGCCAGAGACAAAGCCCUGGAGGGCAGAUAGAGGAGGAAGGGAUGAGGCGCUGCUGGUUUUUGUCAGCGUGGAGGUGUGGCGUUGUUUGACACGAGAUGUUUUUAAAGUUGACACUGGAUUGUAAACUUAUUAAAGGGGAGUGAUGCAUCUUAUCUUCAUUUUCAAUGCAGCUUUAGUCAAAAUUGUUAAUUUGGUCAAGAAAAACAACAGAAGUURACAUAAAGGUUUCUUUGUAGUUAAAAUAAUAAAAUCCAGUUUUCAUGAACAUGCUGGACUGAUAUGGUCAUUAGCAACAAAUAUUGAUUUAAUCCCUUGCUGAAUUAAAUAUAAAUGAUAAUGUGCAUGGAAGGUUGCACUGUGUGACAAGUAAAUAGAUAUAUUGUCGUAUUUGUACCUAAACGUUAUUUUUAGGACAGAGUUACAAGAUAAUAAAAGUGUUUUCAUGGCUAUAGGACAAGCAGUUUGUGUACAAAAACAUCACAGGUCUUGUUUGUCGCCCCUUUGCCUGUUUGCACCAUCAACAUAUCUUAUACUACUAGACCAGAAGUUCCCGCCUUCCUGUGUUGCUGUUAGGAAUCGAGACCAUUGAAAACCAGCAUGACGCAGUUUACAGAAGCUGCCGUGUUGUAUUUUUGAAACCACAGUCUGUGCACUGAGGAUGCGGGCCUUGAGGUUCCGCUAASUGCUCGCACACAAUCACGGUAUUAAUUCUUUUCUUUUAGAUGUGAAAUAACUGAUUACAUCGAAAUGUAUUAGAAAAAAGUAAUAUUUAAACAYACAACAGCAAGGCAAGAUUUAUGUAAACCAACAGAAUACAACAUCUGAAGAAUCGCAUCUUAAGUUAUUUUUUAUAUUUAAUGAGGAAAAGUCUCAUUUGUCUCCUAUAUUCUGAGUUCCUGUAAUGGUUCUUGUAUUAUCAUAUACAAUCUUUGGUUUGUAACGUCAUGUUUCUACAAAAGCUCCUAAAAAACAAACAUCUAGAGAAAGUCWUUUACAUGUUUCAGGCCACGAUAGUUGGAUGUAAUGAUAAUGUACUUCUAACUUGAGCUUCUGUGUCACUUUGGUUUGAAAUUAAAUUACAUAAAAGUGGUUUUCAUGUAAAUAUUUAAAUAAAGAAGAAAGGAAACUGUG